UUCAAUUGAUGAUGAUCAUAAUCAUAAUCAUCAUCAUCAUCAUAAUGAUGAAAAUAUUACGAUAAAUAAAAAUACGUCCAAUAUGAAUACGAUCAGUAUAAAUCUAUGGCAACCAUUCAAUAAUAUUUCAACAUCGACAACACCAUCAGGGAUGGUAAUGGAAAACGAUACAACAUCAACAAAAACGCCAAUGACAACAAAAAAUUUUCUAAUUAGUUUUAUUACGAAAAAUUAUCGAUCAAACAAUAAUAAUCAUAAUCAUAAUCAAAAUAAUGAUAUUUCAACGACUAUAAAAGAUAAAAUAUUGAUGAUCGAUAAAAAUAGAUUAAAUAUUGCUCAAAAUUUCAAUAAAUCAUCAUCAUCAUCAAUUAUUGAUAAUGAAACAAUCAUAUCGCCGACAACAACGGAAAUACAUCCGGAAACAACAUUAUCUUCGAAAAAAUUGAUACAAAAAUUAUAUCAUUCAUCAAUUGCUGCAUCGCACAAUCAAGAUGAUCGUCUUAUUAUCAAUCAUGAAUCAUUAUCAUCAUGGAAAACAUCGAAUCUUAACAAUUCAAUGGAAUCAACAUUUCAUAAUAAUGAUGAUAAUAAUGAUGAUUUUAUUGAUUAUGAAUGGUCAACAUGGCAACCAACAACAACAACAACAACAGUUACAAAUGUGAUGAAAAAUGAUAAUAACAAUAAUAAUGAUGAUAGUGAUUGGAGAAAUUUAUUCAAUCAUAGUGGUGAUGAUUUAUGGAAAAAUUAUUGUACAAAUUUAGUGACGGAAACUGAUACGAAUAGAAAUAUCGAUACGAUCGAUGCUGCCGCAUGUUUAUUACGAAUGUCCGAAAAUGUUACAUCAAUACCGAUUAUAUCCGGUUAUACGAAUUUAACGACAACAACAACAACAACAACAAUGAUGAUCAUUAAUAAUAACAAUAAUCAAAUUAAUGAUGAAAUUCUUGAACAUGAACGUGUAUAUUGGGCAUUAAUAUUGAUUAUAUUACCAAUUUUAGCAUUGUUUGGAAAUUUUCUUGUUAUUUCAAGUGUAUAUCGUGAACGUAGUCUACAAACGGUUACAAAUUGGUUUAUUGUAAGUCUUGCAUUUGCCGAUCUAUUUGUUGCAAUACCUAUGCUAUUCUCAACAUAUGUUAUGGUAAGUGUUAAUGUCGAUUGGGAAUUAAGCGAUACAAUAUGCGAUCUUUAUAUUGCAACCGAUGUAAUUUGUAGUACAGCAUCGAUAUUUAAUCUGGUUGCCAUCAGUUUUGAUCGAUAUAUUGCCGUUACACAUCCAAUAUUUUAUUCAAAACAUAAAAAUGAUAAACGUGUUAUAAUUACAAUUAUAUUGGUUUGGAUGGCAUCAUUUGGUGUUGGUUUACCAAUAAUGUUAGGCGCAAAUACAUCACCCGAACGUAUACCCGAAUUAUGUAUAUUUUAUAAUUCAAAUUUUAUUAUUUAUUCAUCAUUAUGGUCAUUUUAUGUACCAUGUUNAAAAUAUAUUGCCGUUACACAUCCAAUAUUUUAUUCAAAACAUAAAAAUGAUAAACGUGUUAUAAUUACAAUUAUAUUGGUUUGGAUGGCAUCAUUUGGUGUUGGUUUACCAAUAAUGUUAGGCGCAAAUACAUCACCCGAACGUAUACCCGAAUUAUGUAUAUUUUAUAAUUCAAAUUUUAUUAUUUAUUCAUCAUUAUGGUCAUUUUAUGUACCAUGUUUGAUGAUGGUUAUAUUAUAUUAUAAAAUUUUCAAAGCAAUACAUGAUCGUGCACGUAAAAAAAUGGAUCAUAUUAGUAGUUGUUCAGGUGGUGGUGGUGGUCGUACAAAUAGUGGUAAUGAUACAACUUCGAAUCAAAAGAAAACAAUGUCAGGAAAUAAUCAAAAUGUUCAUAAUAAAAAUGCUACUGCUGCUGCUGCUGCUGGUUUAACAGCAACAUCAGCAACAAUAACAACAGCCACCAUCAAUAAUAGCAAUAAAACAAUGUUAUCAAUGAUGAAUCAAACGAAUAAAGCAAAAAAUAUUCUUGGUAUUGAAUCGACAAAAACAUUAGAAUCAAUAACAUUAAGUAAACAAUUACAGAUUCCAUCAUCAACAACGACAACAACAACAUUAAAAUCAGAUACAAAAUUACAACAACAACAACCAUCACAUUUACAAAUUAAUAUGGCAAAUCAAGAUUUAAAUUUUGAUAAUAAAAAAUAUAAUCAACAUUCAUUAAAUAAAUCAUCAUCAUCAACAACAAAUACAACAACAAUGACAACAACAAUAUCAACAAUACCAAUAAUGACAAAUAAAGAUAGAAUUCAAAUUAAUAUUGAUGAUGGUAAUGAUCAUGAAAAAUUAGUUGAUCCAUCAUCAAUAACUAUCAAUGGAAAAAAUUUUGAUGGUGAUAUUGAUGGAAAAACUGAUAUCAUUGGUACAACAACCGGUGAUGGUAGUGGUGGUAGUAGUAGCGGUGGUGGUGUUAAUACUAUCAAUACCGGUGGUGAUAUCCCGACAGAUAAUAAUGCAAAAAAUAGCAGUAAUAUUGAUGAUGAUUAUUCAACAAAGAAAAAAUCACGUUUUAAUCUUGGUCGAAAACAUAAAUCAAGCCGUAAAAAAAGAGAAAAAGUAUCAGCUCGUCGUGAACGUAAAGCAACAAAAACAUUGGCCAUUGUUUUAGGUGUUUUUCUACUUUGUUGGACACCAUUUUUCAGCUGUAAUAUUUUGGAUGCAAUCUGUAUAAAAUUACAGGAAAAUCAUUUUACACAAUCAGAUUGUCGUCCUGGUAUGACUGCAUUUCUAUUGACCACAUGGAUUGGUUAUAUGAAUAGCUGCGCCAAUCCACUUAUCUAUACUAUUUUCAAUACAGAAUUUCGAAAAGCAUUUCGUAAAAUAUUAUGUAAUUCAUAGCCUGUAGCCAGUAUUAUGGUUUUGGUGGUUUCUUUUUUUUGCCAAAAAAAAAGAAUAAGAAGAAGAAGUCAACAUGAUCAUUAUUCAAAAAUGAAAAUUAAAAUGAAAAUGAAAAG